CUUGAUGUCUUCAGUGCGACACAGUUUCGCUGGAUCCAGCACGAGGCCCCUGGCGAGCGCUACAGCUGGGCCGUGGAUCACGUGUACAUCGGGGAAGCGUGUCCUGGACUGUGCAGCGGUCACGGCUACUGUACCAGCGGACCCGUCUGCAUCUGUGACGAAGGCCAUCAGGGUGAUGACUGCUCUUUGUCCAGCAGUGAACUGCCCAGCUCUAUAAAGGAUAACUUUGAGUCUGGUUCGGUGUCUCAGGAGAGCUGGAGUUUGAUUCAGGGCGGCGGCGUGGGCAGCGGAUGCGGUCAGCUCUCUCCUCACGCUCACGGGGACUCGCUGUACUUCAACGGCUGCACGAUCAGACAAGCCAUCACUAGACCUCUGGAUCUGACCCGUGCUAGUAAGAUCAUGUUCGUGCUGCAGAUAGGCAGCGUGUCGCAAACAGACAGCUGUAACGCUGCACUGGAUCAGGCGGAUACGGUCGACCGGGCCGUGCUUCUCCAGUACAGCGUCAAUAACGGAGUUACUUGGCACGUCAUUGCUCAACACCAGCCAAAAGAUUUCAUCAAAGCCCAGAGAGUGUCCUACAACAUCCCACUGUGA